AUGACGACACAAAAAAACCAAGGUGAGAGGCUUCUGGCUUCUAGAAUUGAUGAAAUUGCGCGAGAAACCCCUGAACGAGUCUGGGUUUCGAUGCCUCGGGAUGACAACGACUUGAGUAAAGGAUUUCUUGAUGUUACUUUCAGGCAAUUUUCAAAUGCUAUUAAUCAUGCUGCACACUGGCUAGACUUGGUUCUAGGUUCUCCGACUUCUGACUUUGAAGGAUUCGCUUAUAUAGGCCCACCGGAUGCUCGUGUGGCUAUUAUUGCUGUUGCUACAGUAAAUCAGGAAGAAAGGUAACUGCCUAGGACUCUUGGUAGUGCUGCAUAUCUAAUGAUUUCCUAAUAGAUACUCCUGCCGUUUACACUUGCACCGGACGCAGUAAAGGGCUAUCUACUUGACCAAACGAAAUGUUCGGCGUUUGUCUUUGCCCAGACUUCGCAGACUUCUGUUGAAAAUAUCCUGGCGACUCGACCAUCAAUACGUAGAGCUGCAGCUCCGCAACUUCAUAAAUGAAUCACGGAAAAAGAAGCCAUGCCUUAUAAAUACAACAAAACAUGGGAAGAAGGAAAAGACGAUCCAUGGAUUAUAUUCCACACAUCCGGAACGACAGGUCUGUAACCAAGGUUCGAUAUGGUUGUUACCUUUGCUGAAUUUUCUGUUGGACUCCCAAAACCUAUAACACUUACAAAUAAGAUGAUGACUGUCUUUGAUGUUGCUUCUACAUUACCCACCCGAUGCAGAUCAGAUAGCACAAGCAAACUUGUUUAAAAAUCGGAGGGUGUACUCACCUAUCCCUAUGUUCCACGUGCGCACUCCUCUCCAAUUAACGUUUUAGUAGACUAAUGUUUUGCAGCAAGUUGGCAUGAUAGAAGCGCUGCAAUGAACGGUCCGGUUGGGGGCAACGAUUGUUCUUGGACCUUCAACAAAGCUACCAAGUUCCAAACUUUCAGCCCAAGUCCUACAAUUAGGACAAGUUGAAGGUUUUGUAGGACCACCCUUGUUAUUAAAAGCACUCUGUCAAGAUCCUGUAUCGCUCGAACUUGUAAGAAACCUCGACUUCAUCAACUGGGGUGGGGCGCCCUUAGAAAAGGCCAUUGGCGAUCUUCUCAAAGACUAUGUUCGAAUGAGUCCGGCCUUUGGGACUACAGAGGCCGGCCCAUAUCUUACGCUAUUAUGUGAGGAUCCCGAUGAUUGGCAGUACUACCGUUUCCGUGAUGGUCAGGGAAUCAUUUUUGAGCCAUAAGCAAACGAUCUUUUUGAGUUGGUCUUUGAGAGAAAAGCAGAUGCUCUAUGGCAACAAAUAUUCAUGGUUUAUCCGGAACUUCAGAAAUACCAUACGAAGGAUCUUUUCCGGAAGCAUCCUAAAAAGGAUGGUCUUUGGAUAUACUCCGGCCGUACCGACGAUGUUUUCAUUCUGGCUGGCGGCAGUAUUGUAGGCGCUGCAGUUCUCGAAGAACUGAUCGCGAAGCAGCCGCUUGUUCAUACAGCACUUGUUGGGGGAAAUGGACGCGAAAGGCCAUUUCUUCUUGUUGAGCUCAACAGAUCGAAUUCAGCUGCAGUAGAGGAUUCGGAUACCACUGUCUCAACCUUUUGGCCUGCUGUUGAAGCUGCAAAUGAAACGUGUUAUGAUUAUGUGAAGAUACUCAAGGAACUUGUCAUUGUUGCCGAUCCGUCGAAGCCAUUCAGUCGAAGCGGCAAAGAAACAGUGCUAAGAUGA